AUGAAAAUGAAAAUUUCAAUAUUUUAUUUAUCUAUUCUUUUGGUAAUCUUUGCGGAUCAAACAUUAGGAGAUAUACCAAUAGUACAUUGGGAAUGGCGUGAUCUUGUUUGCAAAACAGGAGAUAAAGAACUUCCUGGUGACAAAAUAUCAGAAAAGCCAGCUGAAUGCACCAUUGGAUUAAGAGAAAAGGAAAGAGACACAAACCGUCGUUUAGCUCCAAAAGGAGCUGGAUGUUUUGAUGAAAUAGUUAACGGGACAACAAGAACUUAUUGCGAUGUUUUAUGUCCUAAUGCGGAUACUGUUUAUUUAAUAAAAAGAGAUCCUCAAGUACACCGUUUUUGUUUUGUAUUUUACACUCACAAAUUGGAACGUCGCGGCAAUAAUUGGUUCUUAUGGCGUCAAGACAAAUGCCGCCAUUCACAAAUUACAUUUACAAUUCGUUGUGAAUUUUUAUUUAGCCGUAAUGAAACUCCGUCAGAUAUUGAAUUAUUUAAUUCUCUUGUUAGACGUAAUUAA